UGGAAUUUUGAGUGGCAAAGAAAGGGAGAGGAAAAGGAAGAAGAAGAAAAAAGGCACACUGUGAUUGGCAGAUGAAUCAAGAGCUCGGAGACACCUGAGAGGCCUCGGUCCACGCCCAGCACCCUGAAGGCAUGCAAGCACACACACACACACACAGACCAGGUGAGGGGAGUGGCUCAGCUUCAUUCCUGCAUAUGACCCCUAGGAAUGAUGUGGUAAAACCAGAAGGUAUCCAUAUUCAAUAUACUCAAGUCAUUAGCUGUGCCUCUGGUUUCUGGUGUCUGGCUGUGAGCAGAAAAGCCUGUUCAACACAGACGUGUUAUUGUUUUUAGGCUUACCAACAAUAACAAGACUACAUAGAUCUUUUAAGGGACUCGUUCUUUUUAUGUUAGCAGCUUUAACUGAUAAACACAUUUGCCUUUAUUUGAUUGAUGUAACCACUUAAUAAUAAUAGCAGACAUUGUUUUAGUUACUGUUUGCAUGAGCGUUGCUAUUUGCAUAAUGAGCACUCAUCGCUCACAUGAUUAACGUCAUAAGUCAAAAAAUCAUUCCUAGCUUUAUUAAAAGCAUUCAUUUGUUAGCACUCUUGUUACUAACUUUGUUGCAGUAAACGUCUAUCAUACUAACAAACACAUUAGCUAAGAGAAGCCCAGAUAACCCGAGUUAUUAAUAUUAUAACGUCACAUAAUUGAUAUUCGUUUUGAGUGAGAGGUACUUUAUUGUCACUUUUAGCUUUACUCUUGAUGCAGCCGCUAGCUAAUCUAAGGAAACAUUGUAAGCAGUGUCGUUAGCAUGAUUAGCAUUCAGUUGACCGUUGGUAUUAAAAUAUUAGCAUUACCUAGCAUCUAUGUGAGCAUCCUUGCAGUUGUAGUGAGUUAGUGGCUAGCUUAGUGGUUGCAGUAGCUGAUUUAGUAGUAGUAGUGGCACUAGUAGUAUUAGUGAUGACCCAGUAGUGCUGCUAUGGUUUUUCAGUUCUUCUUCUUGUUAUUGAAACACCAUUUAUCACCGUGGUUAUUUGUGUGCACAGUAUCACAAUGACGUUAGCUAGGGCCCCGGCUAAUCCAACGGUUCCCCUCCACACCAGCAGGGGCGCUACAGGCUAGUUAGCAAACAAUUAGCUUCUCCUCAUCGUCACUUUCGUGCGACUGUCUCUGCUUUGUUUGUUCCGCACACGGCAGCAGAGUCGCGCACACACACACACACACACACACCCCCUCCCCUCCCCAUCCCUCCCUCCCUCACAGAUACUUUCAACCGUGUACAAACCAUCUGGCGAGUUGUUCGCAACCGCUCGGUCCAACAUGGCCACGACUAGUCAUCUGAAAGUCUUCCUGGAGUCGUCGCUGAAUGAGAUCUUUAAGGCCACAGUGAGUGACAUCCUGGACUCGGUGGACCGGGCCCUGUCCGAGUACCAGGGCACAAUACAGAGGAUCGAGUCUGAAAACGUGGGCCUGAAGCGGCUGCUGUUUGCACAGAAGAGCACCGAGUCUGCUGCACGAGAUAUUUGUGAACAAGAUGCCACUGAAAAUCUUUCGACUUCAGAAUGGAACAAUUGUCCCAUCAGCUCCACUCAGGGCACGUUCAAGAUGUCCAUAUGCAGCAGUGACAUGAAGAGCUUCAGGAGGAGGCAGAAAGACAAGACGAGGGAUAGUGUAUCCUCUUCCUCGUUUCUACUGCAGACUGAUCGAAUGGUAGAAAGGCCAUGUGUGAACACAGGCGAGGUGUGUGCGUCCACCCAGAACUUGAUAUCGGUAAAAGCAGAGCCAGACCUGGAUGAAAGCUGUGCUAUUGACCUCUCCCAGCCUUCAUCCCUUCUCAAUCUGACAAUGAGGCCGGUGAAGAAUGAGAGCACGGAGGUCAGUCAUGAUGCAUAUGAACCUCUGCUGCCAUCCGAAGGGCUCGAACAAGAAUCCAGAGGCAGGGACGAUGAAGUUAAAGUCACCGUUGUCUCCGACACUUACAUGCAGGAUGGACAGUUCAUUAAGACGGAGGAAGAGGAGCAGAAUGGGGUGUUGCAGUGCGGUGACGAUGACUCUAAGCAAGAGUUGACUCAUGCGUUGAAUUGUUAUCCUGACUCAGAACCGGAAACGGCAGCAAGCAGACAGGUUGUGGUGCCAGAAGUAGUGGCGCGUGAGGAAAACGCUGCUGUUCCCGCAGAAGCGUUUUUGGAGAUUCGCGACAACUUCUUGCGCUGUCCCACCUGUCCCAAAACCUUUAGUCGAGCCGCCUCGCUCAAUAUCCACAUCAAGACGCACAGUGGCGAAAAGGCCCACGGCUGCAGCUACUGCGGCAAACGCUUCGGCCGGGCCGAUCUCCUCAAGUCCCACAAGCGCACCCACACCGGAGAGCGACCCUACUGCUGCAACCUCUGCAGCAAAACAUACGCCCAUCCCAGUCAGCUCAGGAUACACAAACGCGUCCACACAGGAGAGAAGCCGUACUCCUGCUCGCACUGUGGGAAGCGCUUCAACGAGCACAACCAGCUGAAAGUCCACUUGCGGACUCACACGGGGGAGAGGCCUUACAGCUGCCAGGGGUGCGGCAAAACUUUCAGCAACGCGGGCAACCUGCGCAUACACGAGAGGAUCCACACCGGGGAGAAGCCGUACUGCUGCGCUCAGUGCGGGAAACGGUUCAACGGCUUGGGCGACCUCAAAACGCACUACAGGAUUCACACCGGAGAGAGGCCCUACAGCUGUGAGCUGUGCAAGAAGACCUUCAGCCAGGCGGGCCACCUCACCAUACACAUGCGGAUGCACACGGGAGAAAGGCCGUACAGCUGCAGCGAGUGCGGCAAGAAGUUCACGGUGGCCAGCAGCCUGAAGUUGCACCAGAGGACUCACACGGGGGAGAAGGAGUACAGCUGCUCGUACUGCGACAAGAGCUUUAGCAGGUCGGGUCACUUAAAGAGACACGAACUGGUCCACACCAAAGAGAAGGUCUUCCUCUGCAACCAGUGUGGGAAGAGCUACACCGACCAGUCCUCCCUUAAGAAGCACCUGAAGAUGCACGCGGCCAAGGAGCAGAAGGCUCAGAGCGAGGGGAGCACCAGCGAGGCUGAAACCAACCGACCCUCAGCCUCGGAGACUCUGUCAGACACCGAUAGAGGUUAGAACCGAGUGAUAUGAAAGCUGAGAAUGAGUGCUGUGUGAAGUCAUCUCACUGUUUGUGAUGUUUGUGGUACAGGGCAGUACACUGUUGUCUAUUUGCUGUGCUUAUAGUAGAUCCAAAUACUCCACCAUCUUAUAGUCUUCUCUCUCACAACACAACGUUCAGAGACAGAAGACAAGACCCUAAAAGAGCUGUUGUUCUUUUCUACAUACUGUAUGUUACCAAAAUGUCAAAGUGCUUUAAAGGAAAAGUUAUUGAAAGCAGUGACGACGAAUGAUUUAACCACCCUGCUGAAACAAGACACUGAAUCCCAGACCAGGUUUUUUUUUUUGUGGUCCUGACCUCUUUGUUGAGAAAAUGAAAUUUCCCCACAAGGGAAAAAAAUAACAAUAUAGUUGUUUAAGAAUUAAGACGUUAGGAUGCUUCUACACCCACGUAUAAAUGUUGUAGUAACUAGAGAGUUAGAAAUGAUUUCUAACUGAUGAUUAAUAUAUUGCUGUAUAUAGCUUUAACUAUACAGUCAGCAGUCUGACACGAAUGUAUUUAUAUAAUAACGUUACUGUGAUGAAUGUUACUGCAAAUGUUCUGUGUUGAUUGAGCAGCUUUCACUAUUAAAUGAAUAGUUGUUUUGUAAGCCAAUGCUGAUAUCAAAGAGCAUCGAGAGGUUUUGUUUUAGGUUGUUCACUGUUCUACCAGGAAACGCGUCUCUUGAUUUAUGUACAACUGACACACGUGGGAGUAAAAUGUCAUGUUUAUGAUGAUAGGGCUACUGUUUGUUGUGUGAACUCAUUGAUAUGACUGCGCAGCAAUGUAUAUCACACUGAGUGUUCGCUACUAGGAGUUUAUUGUGACUUACAUUUAUGUGAUCUGUGUCUAAAUUAAAGAGAAAAGUUAACCAAAUGAUUUCUGUUUGAUUUAUUUAUGCUAUUUUAAAUCAAGGGCAGUGUGCAAGAAAAACAUUUGUUUAUUUAAAGUACAAAUACAUGUAUUUUUAUACAUUCAGUACAACCAGAAAAGCAAAUACUACAGAGUAUAUAGUGAUGUACCUGCACAAAAUGCAGUGGUUCCCAGCAUUUAUUCCUUGAAGUAUAAAGCCUGUUUAAUCACUUCACACACACACACAUUACUUUGCUUGUAUUUUGCUUGUACAUUGCUUUUAUUACUGUCGGUACUGUUUUUGCUUUUAGAUACUGUUUGGUAUUUUAAUAGUAAAAUAGUCGUGUUUUAACAGACGGUGUUAUAUGUGAAAGUUAGUUUAUGACACGGAUGUAAGACUAGUCGACUGAACUUGGAAGUGACCGACAUUUACCCAAUACAGUGGAGAUGGUGUCAAAUUUUAAUAUUUUAUAUAGCACAAACAAAAUUCCAUUGACCUCUGUUCCAUUGAGGUGGGAGGGAUUUGGUAUCUCUUAGGGCUGCAAAAAUGAUUUUCAUUAUUUAUUAAUUUGUGGAUUAUUUUUCCAAUUCAUCAAAUAAUUAUUUAGUCAAAAAAAAAAUGAGAAAGAAAAGUGGAAAAUGUUGUUGUCUUCAACCUUUUUUUUCACUCCCAAAUAUUUAGCUAGAACUUGCAAUCUUUUUCAUUUCAUGCUUAAAAACAUAUUUAACGAUUCAAAUGUUUAAUGAUUAAUUUUCUAUGGAUCAAUCGACUGAUUGUUUCAGCUCUUGUAUCUCUAAAACUUGACGAGCACAAACUAUCUGCAUGCUACAUAACAUCCACGGUAACUGAGGAGUGUUUUGACUUUGUCGUUUGGUGAACCAGCACUUUAUCGUAAAAGUUUAAUAUUUAAUACGCAGUUAUGUUCUCUGGCAGAGAUACUUUUGAGAAACCUAUUAACCUAUGUGCUAUUAAUUAAUUCUUCCUCAAAACAGGCAAGAACUUUAAUCUUUUGAGCCCUCCUUGGGGGACCCAUCCCGGAGGCUGGAAACCACUGCACAAUACAUCUUUUUAAUAAUCAGAUCAAACAAGAACAUGAUAUAUUCUCCUAUAUUUCACAACAAGAGAACAUUCAUAUAUUUAAAAAAGAAACAAAAAAGAAACGUAUUCCUAUUGGAGUCGUGUCGCGCCGCUCUGGCAGCAGCUGAGCUUUUCCUUGGACAGAUAGAGCAACGGCUGAAUGCUGCUGCUGAAGUCCAUCAAGCCGAAUGCGAUAUAGUGGAUGUAGCAAAGAUACACGUUGGGGGAGUAGUAGUGCUGGAAGGGUAACAGUA